AUGCACCUCCUUCAGUCCUACGACGAAGUUCGCGCCGAGGUGCUAAUGAAUCCUCCUCGCGGAUCUCCAGCCUAUUUCAAGGCGGCGCAUCUAGACGCCGGCGCUCCAAGCUGGUCUCCUCGACCACCCAGCGAUUCCGAGCAGCAGAAGAUCACGGAGGUGCGCAAGAUGCAGUCGGUGAUUCGAGAGCGCGUUGGCGCCGGAAAGUCCCCUUCUAUGGACGAUAUGAAGGCCAUUCUGAUGCCCUAUGGGGCCGAGUGGGCGGGCAUCCUACCUCUCUAUCAGCUCGCUGUCAACACGAUGGAUCAAGGCGUCCAAGUGCGCUGA